AUGCCUUCCGCUGCCCCCAACUCCUCGUCCUUCUACCUCCCCUCGGUUGAUAUCACCCCCUUCCUCGAAGACCCUUCCAGCUCCGAAGCAAAGCAAGUAAUCGAUGAUGUCCGCGCAGCAUGCAUCUCAACCGGAUUUUUUCAAAUGACCGGCCACGGCGUCCCUGAAAGCCUCCAAAAGGAUGUUUUCGAGGCGGCCGCCAAAUUCUUCGCUCUCCCUCUAGAGGUCAAAACCGACCUCAACGCCGCCAAGAACAUUGGGUUCCGCGGAUAUGACCUGAUGGGGACCCAACUGUACGAGGACGACGUUCUUCCCGACCUGAAAGAAGGAUUCUUCAUUGGCCAGAACAUGGAGCCCUCUGACCCGCUUGUCCAAGCUCGUCGCUUUUUCAUGGGCUCCAAUGUCUACCCCCCGGUCGAGAUGCUGGCGCAUGAUGAGUUCAAAAAGCCCAUUGAGAAGUACUAUCAGGCUAUGGCUGAGCUUUGCCAUAAGGUCCUUGACCUCAUCGCCGCAACCCUGCCCUAUGGGCCGAAUGUCUUCGACGAGAUCCAGGCCAAUGAUCCCGCUUGCCCCAUGCGUCUCCUGCACUACCCACCCACGCGCCCGGCAGCAACCGCCAAGGAAGGUGAAGCUCAGAAGCGUCAGCUGGGUAGUAGUGCGCACACUGACUUCGGUGCCGUAACUCUGCUCUUGCAGGACGAACACCCGGGUUUGGAAGUCCAAGAUAGCAAAACGGGGGAUUGGAUCGAAGUGCCGCCGAACCCGGCUGCUUAUGUGAUUAACAUGGGCGAUAUCGUCACCCGUCUCACGGGCGGCCUUUACAAGAGCAGUGUUCAUCGGGUCCUGAAUAAGAAUCCGACGGACCGGUUCAGUGUGGUUUAUUUCUUUGAUGGGAAUGUUGAUUUCAAGUUGCAUGAGCUUGAGAAGUCUUAUGGAGAGGGCGUUGGUGAGGAGAAGGCGCCUACUGUUGAGGAGCAUAUGAUUCAACGAACUAUGGCGAGUUACAACAUGAGCAAGAAGAAGCACUGA